GCGGUUGACCGGCAGACACAUGAGCCCGUCGCGGACAAAGGCAGCCUGGUGGCUGGCUACGUUUCUCACCGUAUUUGUUACAGGUGAGAUGCCCAUCCAAAUGGAAGAACCAGAGCCGGAAUUUCUACAAGCCCUGGAGAACCAUACAGUCACCCAAGGUCGAGAUGUGCACUUCACUUGCGUAGUUAAUCAUCUCUCUAACUAUAGGGUAGCUUGGAUCAAGUCAGACUCAAAAGCCAUAUUGGCGAUUCACACGAAUAUGGUGGCUUUGAAUCCUCGGCUCUCGGUCACGUACAACAACCACAAUACUUGGAAGCUGCACGUUAGCAACGUUCAGGCGAACGACUCCGGCACUUACAUGUGCCAAGUCAACACAGACCCUAUGAAAAGUCAGAUGGGUCAUCUAUCAGUGGUGAUUCCUCCCGACAUUGUGGAUACGGUUUCCGAGGGGAGUUCGGCUCGGGAGGGAGGUAGCGUCCGGCUAACGUGCAGCGCCACCGGCGUUCCGCCGCCGACUGUCAUGUGGCGUCGGGAACUCAAUAGGCCUAUCGUGUUUAGGCACGACGGUGGAAAGGAAAAGAAAGUUGUCACAAGUUUCAAAGGCGAAUGUCUGGAAUUGGCGCAUGUACAACGAACUGAUAUGGGUGCAUACUACUGCAUCGCCAGCAACGGGAUCCCGCCCACUGUCAGUCGGAGAUACCACGUGCAAGUCCACUUUAUACCUCAAGUAAAGGUGACGAACCAGCUGGUGGGCGCACCUCUGGGCAGUGACAUUCAGCUGCAGUGCUACAUCGAGUCUGCUCCCGCUGCCAUGAAUUCUUGGUAUCGAGAAGAUGGCAAAUCACUAGUAAGCGACAAGUUGUCAGAAAACCCGAAGUUCCGCGUCGCUGAGACGAUGGUGAACGAAUACUCUCUCUGGAUGAACCUGACUAUCAAGUCGUUGGCACCUGGUGACUUCGGCACCUACAUUUGCUCCUCCGUCAAUGCGCUCGGCAAGAUGGAGAGUCAAGUCAGCGUGCAUAGGUUAGAGCUAAGUGUAAAUGGAUUCGGUGCAGAAGAGCCAAUGGUGUCGGGUGCGGCGUGGCAACGUGCGCGUAACCUGCCCUCUGCGCGGGCGCGUCCUGCCGCAUCACACGCGCACUACUUUCUAGCGCACCAUCUGCCACCUCAACUCUACGCAUUAUUAUUGACAAUGUUACGAUAUGUACAUACGUUUUAGAUUAGAAACUAAGAACUGUUUUUGAUUAUGUAUACCCAAAUUCACUGACUUCGUUUUUUUAAUAUAAAAUUUUAAUAAAAACUUUAUUUUCAUGGAAUAUUUCAAAACAUAUAACAUUAUUAACAUGAUUUAUAUCGUCACUUAAAUCAAACUUAAUUACAAAAUACAAUUGAAAUUAAAUUUAAUGUUUUAAAUGCUCCUGUACAAAUUUACGUUAUUCUCGCGAAUGAAGUAUAUGAAUAUAGUAAAUAUUUAAAUUAACCAAUGAACGCUUUUUCUUUUGUGAAAUAUAAAUCACUUUAUUGGAUGUACUGAAAAUUCAUAUCCUGUUAACACUUCAUCGCGUUUCUACAAAAUCAACACUAAUACUGUAUAGACAUCAAAUAUCGUAUUUGGUCACCUGGAAACUGUUUAUUCCAUUAUAAAGGAUCCCUUGCGACCUUACAACCUAACACGAUUAAAGGGAUUGUUAAAGGUAGAACAAAUAGAACGGAAAUGUUUCGAUUACACACUGUUAAAAUGUGUAAUGUGACCCUCAUUGACCAUGUCUUCAACAUCAACCCAUUUAUACAUUCCACUGUUGGGCACGGGUCUCCUCUCAGGCAUAGGUGUAGGCCACAGUUUCCCAAAGUGGUCCCUACCAGGGCGCUAUAGAGUCUUAGCGGUGCGGUAGGGGCCUUAGAAGGAAUUGGGAUGUGUUGAUGCUGUCCAGGGAGUGCUACCGUAUUUGAAAACAAACUGAAGUAGGUAUCUAUAUAAACUACACUACAUAAUGGUAUAUAAAUCCCUUGUGAUUUUUGUGUUAAGUUAAUGUACAAAAUACGUGUUUUCAAUUAUUUUUUGUUUUGGUGGGCGUUGAACCUUACCUAAGUGGGAGGUGAGCCAAAAAGUUUGGGAACCUAACCUAACCUUGGGUUAUAUGAUGUAUAGACCCUAGUCCGCCACGCUGGCCCAAUGCGAGUUGGGGACUUCACACAGUUUCCUAGAGUUGUGAACUUCUGCGACGUGCAGGUUUCAUCACGAUUCAUCGUAAAGCUCAUGGUAUAUUUUAAAUUAAAUUUCGCACAUAAAUUCAUUAUCCAGUUCUACACAUUUGUCUGAACUUUUGACCAUUGAAAUUUAUAAUAAAUGUGAAUGUACUCUUUGAAAUGGUGUCUGUCUUCCUGCUUCGACUUUGAGAGACUGGAAGAGCAUGGAUAUUAUAUUUGUAUUGUUAUAUAACAUUUACGUCCUCAACCAAAGCUUGUUUAUCUUAUUUAAAUUAAGUGGAAUUGCGACUCUAAAUGUUCAGUUCUGCAGGUCAACUGCGUAACGCGACCGACAGCCCGGUAGCUUAAAUAUUGUUUUUCUAACUCUGUGUUGCUGUUAACAUGUUUCUGCUAAUUAUCCGUUAAACUUCUAACAGUGAAUAAACUGUUAUACUCUUAAACCCCAAUUUCUGUUACUUUUUGACAAUUAUAAGUCUAUACAUUCUCAAAUGGCUUUGGUUGUUUCCGC